UCUGUUUCUUUCUCUCUGCCUCUACCUAGCAUAACUCAGGCACUCUCCUCCUCCUUGCAGGAGCUCAAGGUGUGUCACUUGGGCAGAAACUUUCCUGCAUUCCACCUUCAUUCCUUGCUGAGACAACAAGCAGUCAGACAUACCCGCUUUCUAGAGGUUUGAGAGAACAAGAAUCAGAGAAAAGACCGAGAAGUGAAGCCAAUUUGCCUGGCUUAGACGAUGGAAACGGGGACUGCAGCAAGGACGAAUGGUACCACUGGGAAGCCGGAGGAUGUGAAGAGUCCAUCUGCCUCCAAGAAAGAAGAGGAAGUGAAGAAGACGAACCUGGGUGGAGGAGAGAAGGAACCUAUGAAGGGCACUGGCAGUGCUUCUCUGGAGUCGGGGCAAAUCAAGAGUUCCCUCUUCUCCGUGAGUGACUGGAAGAGGCCCAUCAUCCAGUUUGUGGAGUCAUCUGACGAGAAGAGAUCGACCUACUUCAGCAUGGAUUCAGGGGAUUCAAAGAAGAUGCAAUAUGCCAGUGGACAGAUGGGAGACAUGAGGAGACCCCCCCUCUCCUUUACAGAGAAAGGUGAUCUCAGGAAACCCCUCUACUCCCUGGAUUCCAAAAAGAGCUUCCUGCCUAGCGACGGGGAGGGGAGGAAGUCGUUAUUCUCUGGUGGGCAGAUUGGGGACCUGAAGAAAACUUCCCUCCCUCUGGUGGAGACAGGAGACCUCAGAAGAUCCACCUUCAACAAGCCUGACAGAGCUGCCGGGUCACGGCCCAGGGUGAAGCUGGAGGAUGUUCUGUGCGAUUCCUGCAUUGAUAACAAGCAAAAGGCCGUGAAGUCCUGCUUGGUGUGCCAGGCUUCGUUCUGUGAGCUGCACCUCAAGCCCCACCUGGAGGGAGCAGCUUUCCGGGACCACCAGCUCCUGGACCCCAUCAGGGACUUUGAAGCAAGAAAAUGCCCUGUGCACGGGAAGACCAUGGAGCUGUUCUGUCAGACAGACCAGAUGUGCAUCUGCUACCUCUGCAUGUUCCAGGAGCACAAGAACCACAGCACAGUGACAGUGGAGAUUGAGAAAGCGGGAAAAGAGGCUGAGCUCUCACUGCAAAAAGAGCAACUGCAGCUGAAGAUCAUUGAGGUAGAAGAUGAAAUGGAUAAGUGGCAGAAGGAGAGGGACCGUAUCAAGAACUAUACCACCAAUGAGAAAGCCACAGUGGACCAGCACUUCAAAGAGCUGAUCCGUGACCUGGAGAGGCAGAGGGAUGAAGUGAAGGCUGCCCUGGACCAGAGGGAGAAGAUUGCAUCAGAGAAUGUGAAAGAAAUUGUGGAUGAGCUGGAAGAAAGGGCAAAGCUGCUGCGGGAGGACAAGGAGAACAGGGAACAGAUUCACCAGAUCAGCGACUCUGUGCUCUUCCUGCAGGAGUUUGGGGCUUUGAUGAGAAACUACGUUCCUCCUCCCUCCCUCCCGACAUACAGUGUCCUGCUCGAAGGGGAGAGCAUGAGCCCAUCGAUGGGGCUCCUCAGAGAUGAUCUACUCAAUGUCUGCAUGAGGCACGUGGAGAAGAUCUGCAAGGCUGACCUGGGCCGUAACUUCAUAGAAAGGAACCACAUGGAGAACGGUGACCACCGGUACAUGAUGAACAACUACGAGUGGAACCAGCCCGACAACUUGAAGAGAUUUUCUAUGUUCCUGUCUCCCAAAGCCAGUUUCAACCCACGAUCAUGGGAAUUUUCCUCCUUCCAAACGACUGAGGAAACACUUGUGGGCAACGGUACUAAGCUGCCUUUUCAGUUCUCCUCGAUGGGACAGAACUCGCCUGGUGACUUCAGCAAGCAGUCUGAUGGGAGCCUCUUCACUAAGACUGCUUAUCCUUCAAUAGUGAGACAUCAGUCUGCAAAGGUGACGCCACAGACAUGGAAAUCCUCCAAGCAGUCUGUAUUGUCACAUUACCGCCCCUUUUACGUGAACAAAGGCAAUGGAGCAACUUCCAACGAGGCACCUUGAUUCCUGAAGAUGUAGGGAAGAGCUGGCAGCACUUGGAAUGAAGACUCAGCUGCGGAUUUUCACAGAUGUACCUGCUACUAUAUUAACCUUGCUGCUCUAAUCUCUGCCAGGGAGAGGGAAGGUGCAGAAGGGAAUACAAGGACUUUUUCCAAAUCCUUAUCGCUAUGGGAUUUCCCCUUGAAAGUUCUGCAGGCCUUAACAACAUAACCCCAUCCUCUGCUGUUACCUCCUUAUUCCCUCUGUCAAUGUCCUCCCUUUGCCUCUGCAGAGUUGGCUGCUCUGCUUCUCCUGGGAAGCAGGUAUGCUUGGGUUGCACCCACCCCUUUCCCUCACCCUGUUAUGACCAGUUGCCCUGUUUUCCUGUGUUUAUAUGACCACAGCCCCUAAGUCCUGGUGAAGGGUACCAAGCUGGGGGGCUCAAAAGUCUUCCUGGAACAGAGACACCCCUAUCAUUGGGAGUGGUGCCAGGCUAAGCUCUUGCCAUGCCUCUCUGCGCCAUCACCCAGCCCUGCCUCUGAGUGGGAUGGGCAGCUCUCGCCGAGGUCUGCUCCAGCUCUGUCCCCUCCCAGAGGGGCUCGCAGGCUCCCCUGGCCAACUUCUGGUGGUGGCACUCUUCCCCGGGGCCCUUCGUCAGCUCAGCUCUGCUCAGCUUGGCUAUCAAAAAGCCCGCAAACAGGACCUAUUUCGAGCUGCUACAGCUCUAGGCCAGCUGCUAGCGGAUGGCAGAGAUUCUUUCUAUCCCAUUAAAGUACCCCUCCAGCCACCUUUUCAAAUUAAAAAAUAAAAAGAAAAUUCAUCCUACUAGUGUAAGAUUGAUGCCACAGGUGUUGGGUUUCUUCCCCGCCACCCCGUAAAAUGAAAUUGGUUUGUGUAUUUUGGUUCAGGUAUUUUUCUUCUGCAAUGGGAAUUAGUACCAUACAUGUUUGCUCAGGAUAAUAUUUCCUAUUUGUCCCCCGGACAGAAGAAUCAUAUCAGCACGCUAGGUGCAAAUGAAGCAGAGCUGGUUAACCUUUCCGUGAUCUCACUGAGAUUAUUUUCCUUUCCCCUUGGACCAAGCUGAGAGGUUACAUUCCACACUGUGUGCAAAAAAAAAAAAAAAAAAAAAAAAAGCCCUGCCUAGUCAAUAGGAGCAAAUAGCCCAUUGCAGGAUCAGAGCCCUCAGUGAUAAGCAGCUGCAGAACAGAAAAACAGGACCUGAGAGUUACUUUCCUGGGUUUGUUCUGUUCAAGCCUUUCUUAGAGUGGCUUCCCCCCACCUUUCCUACCCCAAAUGCUUGCAACACCUGGCUGAGAGAGGUCACACCUGUCGCUCCUUGAAAAUUACUUUCUUGCUAAUCCCUGCGCAAAGAUACUUGCUGCCUUUUAAUGCAAUACCUCAGACAAAACUUCUGAGGCUGAAAGAUGGUUGCUCCAGAAGACUUGAAAUGUCACCUAUUUUAUAUUAAAAAAAAAGAAGACUGGAGGGGAAGGGGAUAGCACAUUGGGGGAAGGACAGGAAGAAAGAGGAACUGGGAUAAAGGAUAGACUUGCUAGGAAAUGCACUGAAGGGUGUGGGAGAGAAAAAGGGUAAAAUAAGCCACUGCACAUAAUCAGUAGCUGUUCCAACUAAGUGAAGAGGAAGAGGAAGGAAGAAGGGGAAGUUCAAGCCACUGGACCUAAAACGCAUGUGCGUCACAACACACGUGAGAGGACAAACCUUGGAAGGAUACAGGAGAGAGGUACUGGUUGGGAGCAAAGAUAGCUAACUGAGAAAAGCAGAUUUGUCCCCACUUCUCUCCCUGCCUCCCAAUCUCCCUGGCUUUUUUAGUUUUUUCUUUGCCUGAGCAGACCUCCUGUAAUCACUUGGGCUCCCUCUGUUCCAGUAAAAGCUUCCACCUCUUCCUUUUUAUUUUCUAAAACGUGGGCGUGAUCCCUCCUCCUCCUGCAAAUCUUGGAUUUUAAAAUACCCACCCUGCUUCCCUGCCCUAAAUCAGCUCUGCUGUGGUGAUACCUCAGAUCUCAACUGCACUCCCGUCUCCUACAGCUCUGCGAAUGAGACAGGACUGAAGAACUGAGUGUCCCCUUCCUCCCUCCUGCCUCUAUCUGGCUUACGCUGUCUCCACAAGCCCCACUACUUUCGACCCAUUUUCUCCCCUUCCCCUCCUUCCUUUAAGGGCCUCACUCACAUCUCACACACAUGAUUUUUCACACCAGUAAACUCCAGCAACACCAAUGGAGCUACUCCCUUGCCUUCAGCCAGCUCUGCUGGGCUUGCUGCAACCCUUUGCCCCACCAGCUGCAGAGGAGUUAGGGGUUGGGCAGAGUUCCUGCCCCGCUGCACCUCACAGGUCCCGGGGCAUUAGCGGCUUGGCUUUGAGGUGUAUUUUUCAUGAACUGUUUUAUCACAUUAGCCUCGAUCAGCAAAGCAAGAAGAAUGCUAGCUUCUCAGGCAGGACACGACUACAGUGAUGUAAAUGAGGCCCUUCACAUGUACAACACAUACUGCAGAAAUAAAGGAGAAAGCUCAUGUCUGACAAAAGA